AGGGGCCGACGUAAGAAAUGUGGCUGAGGGAACCCGCGAAGUAUAACAAAACCAAAAGAGAUAAGGCAAUCUUUACAUUAACGACGAAGAAGCACAUACGGCUUCACAACCGAAGGUACCUUCAAUGGCUUCUCUCCAAAAUUCCCUCUUCCUCAAUUCUCUUCCUCAGAAACUCCACGGAAGAUUUGUUUGCUGCAGAGCCGGGGUCUCAUUUCUUGUCAGGGCUGAGCAAGCACACGGAUCUUCAAUUAAUGGCCAUGCCUGCAGUUCCGAAGAUAGACUUGGGAGACGCCAGCUGCUAUCUGGCAGUGCCUUUAUAACUUGGAUUUCUCUUGCAGACAUGAAUUCCAUGUCAUUUGCUGCAGAAACAAAGAAAGGAUUUCUAUCAGUUUCAGACAAGAAAGACGGUUACUCAUUCGUCUAUCCAUUCGGGUGGCAGGAAGUAGUCAUUGAUGGUCAAGAUAAGGUAUUCAAAGAUGUAAUUGAACCAUUAGAAAGUGUCAGUGUGAAUUUGAUUCCAACCAGCAAAGAAGAUAUUCGAGAUUUUGGGCCUCCUCAACAGGUAGCAGAAACUUUGAUAAAGAAGGUUCUAGCUCCUUCUAAUCAGAAAACAAAAUUAAUUGAAGCAUCAGAGCAUGACGUUAAUGGGAAAGCAUACUACACAUUUGAGUUUGUAGCUCAAGCUCCAAACUACACUCGCCAUGCUCUGAGCACGAUUGCUGUUGCCAAUGGAAAAUUCUACACUUUAACAACCGGAGCAAAUGAGAGAAGGUGGGAGAAAAUGAAAGAUAAAUUGCGCACAGUUGUUGAAUCCUUCACAAUUUCAAGUGUUUGAUGGAGUUCCCCUGUUGUGAACACAUUUAUCAUUAUUCAUUCAAACGUCAUUCUAAUUUUGAUUACCCGCUUGAAGUAAACUUCAGUAAAUUAUCCACACCUUUUGUUCUUCAAUUAUUCUCUUUCCUCCCAAGCAACCCCUUGUAUUUUUGGAUGACUAUGUAAAAGAAUGCAACGCACCAUCUCAUGGGAUAGAGAGUAUUUGUUGGACCGUUUUUUAGACCUAUAUUGUAACAUCAAACUCAUUUCACUUCCACAAUUUUCAAUUCAACCUCUUUUUCAUGCUCA